AUGAGCGAUGCUUAUAUCGACUAUCUGCCCAAUCUCUCCGCCAAUGCGUUUUUCGCGGCCUUAUUUGGUCUUAUUUUCAUGCUUCAGCUUGGACUGGGUGUAUGGUAUCGAACAUGGCCCCAUAUGAUCGCAAUGCUACCAGGUCUUCUACUCGAGAUCCUGGGAUAUGUAGGGCGAGUCUUGCUUCAUAAUAACCCUUUCGACUUUAACAACUUCCUUCUGUACCUUAUUUGCUUGACUCUCGGACCCGCCUUCUUCAGUGCCGCCAUCUACAUCUGCUUAGGAAAAAUUGUUAUUAUCUACGGCGAAAACAUUUCUCGAUUCCGACCACGAACAUAUACAACGAUCUUCGUUUCCUGUGACCUAUUGUCUUUAAUUCUACAAGCAGUUGGCGGUGCUCUUGCUUCUCAGGGCCAAGAUGGCGAUACCAGCACGAGCGAUACUGGUGUCAACAUCAUGAUUGCUGGAUUAGCUUUCCAGGUCUUCUCCUUGCUUAUUUUCAUGGUCUUGGCCAGUGAAUUUGCCCUCCGAGUCCGCAAUAGCCCUAAGUCCGAGAACGACGACUUCACUAGUCUUCGCCAGAGCUCGAAGUGGAAGAUGUUUAUCUUCUGUCUCGCUCUUGCCACAAUUACUAUCUUCAUUCGAUCGGUCUUCCGAGUUGCAGAGUUGCAGGGUGGGUUUUCUAGUCCCCUGGCCAAUAACGAGGUGGACUUGAUGGUGUUGGAAGCCACCAUGGUCUCGAUUGCUUGCAUUGCUUUCACUGUUGCUCAUCCCGCCAUCAUUGCUGGUCGCACUUGGAGUUCCCUAUGA